AUGCCAACCAGCACGUCUGCGCCAGAAAAAUCGAGACAGACCUCCGCUGGGAAGUCGUUCUUUGGGAGGAAGUUGCACAAAGAGAAGUCGGUAGACGAACGUUACGACUCGCAUGGCUCGCACGAUAGUUUGGCGCCUCCUGGAAGCGCCCCCGGCUCUCGCUCAUCCCGCCAUUCCAAACGGUCAUCCGUCCAGUCCGUGGACUAUCCCCACGAGUUUGAUCCCAGUGGCGUGUCCAUGACCGCAGGUGUCCUGACUUCGAUUCCCUACGAGAGCUUGCCCGCCGAUACCCGAUCGCCUGUCCCCGUUGAUCACCUCUCAAGACCUAGUUCGUCCUCACGUAAAGAACCGUCGCCGAACCAUCUCGCCAAAGGAAACAGCGACUACCACCAAUACCCGGCAUGGAACCCGGCCAGCGUCCCCAACAAUAACAACCCCACUACCGCCACCACCACCACCAACAGCGCUUCGUCGCACCCAACUGGCCCCCGGCCACCUCCGCAUGGCUUGAACGUGACCAUGACGGGAAGUACAUCGGGGGAUAAGGGUGCUCGAUAUCAGCAGUGGGGACGCCCGGGCAGCUCUGCAGCCAGUACUGGCUUUAGCCACAGCUCCUCCUCUACGCUAGAUUCAUCGGCGCAAUCGCGCUUGUCCUUCGACCAGCUUAGUGUUCAUUCGUCGAUGUCAUCUAAUACUCGGGGUUCAAGCUAUUAUGCAUCAGAGAGCUCUUCGCGCACGCUGACACCCUCGAAUUCCGCCGAUCGCACAACCUACGCAUCAAAUGGCAGUUCCGGCCGCCUGUCGAAUGCACAGGCAGCAUGGCAAUCGACCCAGCCCGCUCAACCACCCAAGAUUCCGGUUAACCAGGAGCAAUAUCUCGCCCGACCGAGAGACGAUCGAGUGGUGGAUCAACUGUUUAUCGAGCUGAUGCAGAAACGAGGAUGGCAGAACCUCCCGGAGCAGGCCAAACGACAGAUGCUCGCUUAUCCGGCUUCGAAAAAGUGGACCUUGGUGCACCAGGACCGGUUGACGGAGAUACAGGGGGAACAGAAGCGGCGGCAGAAUGCUCGGCAGACUCACGGCCAUGAUGGACCCUCGGGUAUUCUGGAACGCGCUGAUGAGGAGGGAAGCCCCGAGUGGUAUGUGAAGAAGGUUAUGGACGAUUCAAUCACCUCGAAACAGCUGGCCAGUCUAAGUGUCAGUCUACGAACGCAACCAAUCAGUUGGGUCAAGGCGUUUGUUGAGGCGCAGGGUCAAAUCGCUUUGACAAACGUGCUUGCCAAGAUCAAUCGAAGGAAGGCCACAGGUGUCGUCCCAGCUCCCCCGACAGGGGACAAGGAUUUGGAUCGUGAAUAUGACAUUGUCAAAUGUUUAAAGGCCUUGAUGAACAACAAAUAUGGAGCAGACGAUGCUCUCGCACAUCAACAGGUCAUUGUGGCUCUUGUUAGCUCACUGCUAUCCCCUCGAUUAAAUACGCGAAAGCUGGUCAGUGAAGUCUUGACCUUUCUCUGUCACUGGGCCGAGGGCCAUGGGCACCAGAAGGUCCUCCAGGCUAUGGACCAUGUCAAGAAUCAUCAUGGGGAAACCGGCCGUUUCGACGCCUGGAUGCGUAUUGUGGAGGUGACCAUCGAUGGCCGAGGGAAAAUGGGCAGCCUGGUUGGCGCAAGUGAAGAAUAUCGCAGCGGCGGCAUAGGCAUGGAGAAUCAUCUCAUGGAAUAUGCUGUUUCAACCAUGCUGCUCAUCAAUAUGUUGGUGGACGCGCCCGAGAGCGAUUUGCAGCUCCGCUGUCAUAUUAGAGCUCAGUUCAUUUCUUGCGGCAUCAAGCGCCUCAUGACCAAGAUGGAAGGCUUUCAGUACGAGGUCAUCGAUAAGCAAAUUGAACGGUUCAGGGAGAAUGAAGCCAUUGACUACGAAGACCUGCUGCAACGGGAGAGCAGCAGUACGAAGGACAGCAUCGAGGGCGAGGUCAAGGAUAUGAGUGAUCCUUUGCAAAUCACAGACGCCAUCACCGCUAGGAUACAGGGCACUCGGGCUCAUGAUUACUUCCUAUCGGCCAUGCAGCACAUGCUCCUGAUCCGGGAGAAUUCUGGCGAGGAUGGUCUUCGUAUGUACCAGCUGGUGGACGCUAUGCUCAGCUAUGUCGCUAUGGACCGUAGACUUCCCGAUCUUGACCUCCGACAAGGGUUGACCUUCACCGUGCAAAGUCUUUUGGACCGCCUGCAUACAGACUCCGAGGCAAGACGAGCUUACGAUGAAUCUUUGGAAGCUCGCCAGAUCGCGGAGGCUGCUCUUGCGGAGCGCGAUGAGAUGAAGGCCCAGGUAGAGCUUGGCGCAGAUGGCUUGGUUAAGAAGCUGCAGAAACAGAUUGAUGAGCAGACAGGGAUCAUCGAGCUGCAACGGAGACGUGAGGAAGUGAUGCAGGCGGAGCUUGCGGAUGUUCAGAGGCUACGGGCUCAAGAGUUACAGCGGAAUGAGCUGGAAACUCGAGAACUCUACCUAAUGCUCCGAGACGCUCAAGAUAUAGCUGCAUCUACUGCCAGGAAGAGCAACAUGGCCGAAGCGGAUCCUUCACAGAUGAGAGGCAUCCUCGACCGAGAGAAGCUCUUGGAGCGAUUGGAGAUGCAGCUCGAGCGGACCAAGACACAGUUCAAGCUGGAGGGCAAGGUAUGGGGCCAACAUGUCACCUCAGAUAGACUGCGUGAGCUUCGAGAGCAGAUGGAUGGCGAAGCCGAUGCCGACAAUGAGUUCGGACAACGGACAGGUCAAGGCCUGGACGUCAACGCCUUCGGAUCGGUUCACCGGAAGAGAAGCCAUCUACCGGGCAUGGGCCAAGACGACAGUUCCGAGAUUCAGACGCCAGUCGACGAGUCCGGUGAUGUCAUAUACGAAAAAGCACGCCUUGUUGAUCUUCAUCGACCCAAAGUCAAUCCUAAGCAAGCCAACGGUCUCCUGGGAGAAAUCGCCUCGAAGGUUCCUAAGAUUGACGCUGAGGAGGCUGACGAUGCUGGGACAAAUGGCUCCGUGGACAACAAACUUGCUGAACCUGGAACAGAAGAUCACCCUGCCACUUCACAACAAGAAGGAGCCAGGGUCGAGGGUGCAACUGAAAAGGUCGAGAAUAAAUGUGCUCCUGCUCCUGCUCCUCCACCCCCACCCCCGCCUCCGCCUCCUCCUGCGCCAGGAGGGCUGGGGUUCGCUCCUCCUCCUCCUCCACCACCUCCGCCUCCUCCUGCGCCAGGAGGGCUGGGGUUCGCUCCUCCCCCUCCUCCGCCUCCGCCCCCGCCUCCAGGAGCUGUCGGGGUUCCACCUCCGCCCCCUCCGCCCCCUCCUCCUCCACCAGGAAAAUCAGGACCUGGGCCUCCACCACCCCCUCCUCCUCCCGGUGCUUCUUUCGGUGCCCCUCCACCCCCUCCCCCACCUGGUGCUGGUGGAUUCGGAGGUUGGCGCGCAAACUACAUGGCUUCUCAAGCUCUUCCUCAUCACCAGACAGCUCUCAUGCCAUCUAUCCGGCCUAAGAAGAAACUCAAGGCACUCCAUUGGGAUAAGGUCGAUACUCCGCAGGUGACCGUGUGGGCAUCUCAUGCUCCUACUGCUCAAGCAAAGGAGGAGAAGUAUGUGGAGCUGGCGAAGAAGGGAGUCUUGGAUGAAGUCGAGAGACUGUUCAUGGCAAAAGAGACCAAGAUCUUCGGCAAGGGCGCGGGAGGCAAACAGCGUACGGAUAAGAAACAACUCAUCUCCAACGAGCUGUCCAAGACUUUCCAGAUUGCUAUGGCCAAAUUCUCUCAAUUCUCUGCGGACGAUGUUGUACGGAUGAUUAUUCAUUGCGACACGGAGAUCCUCGACAAUCUGGUCGUCAUGGAUUUCUUACAGAGGGAUGAAAUGUGCACCAUACCCGAGAAUAUCUCAAAGUCUAUGGCGCCAUACAGUAGAGAUUGGACCGGCCCAGAUGCUGCCAGCGCCGAGCGGGAGCAGGAUCCUACUGAGCUCACGCGCGAAGACCAGAUCUACCUUUAUACGGCGUUCGAGCUGCACCAUUAUUGGAAGGCAAGAAUGCGUGCUCUUGCGUUGACACGCUCGUAUGAGCCAGACUACGAGCAUAUCUCCGCCAAACUGCAGCAAGUCGUGCAGGUCAGCGAGUCUCUGAGAGACUCCGUGGCCCUAAUGAAUGUUCUUGGCUUGAUCUUGGACAUUGGUAAUUUCAUGAACGAUGCCAAUAAGCAAGCUCAAGGCUUCAAACUGAGCUCCCUCGCACGCCUCGGUAUGGUGAAGGAUGAUAAGAAUGAGACUACAUUUGCAGAUCUGGUCGAGCGAAUUGUUCGAAACCAGUAUCCCGAGUGGGAGGGCUUUGUGGAUGAGAUCAACGGCGUUAUCGCCAUUCAGAAGCUCAACGUCGACCAACUGCGCACGGAUGCUAAGAAGUACAUAGACAACAUUAAGAACGUCCAAGCCAGCUUGGACGCUGGCAAUCUCAGUGAUCCGAAGAAAUUCCAUCCUCAGGAUCGGGUCAGUCAAAUCGUUCAAAGAAGCAUGAAGGAUGCUCGUCGCAAGGCCGAGCAGAUGCAACUUUACCUGGACGAGAUGGUCAAGAGCUAUGAUGAUAUCAUGGUGUUCUACGGCGAGGAUAACACGGAUGAAGGCGCCAGGCGGGACUUCUUCGCCAAGUUGGCUACAUUCUUGCUGGAGUGGAGGAAAUCCAAGGAGAAGAACAUCAGCCUGGAAGAGAAUCGGAAACGCAUCGAAGCAUCUCUGUCUCGCAAGCGGGUUAAUGCAGGUCUGGCAAACGGCGCCGGUACAGCUACAGAAGGGCCACAGUCCCCCGCCACGAGCGGUGCUAUGGAUUCACUUUUGGAGAAGCUGCGUGCGGCGGCUCCUCAGGCGAGGGAUCAGCGCGAUCGUCGGCGUCGCGCCCGUUUGAAGGAGAGACAUCAGGUCCGCGUGGCUUCGGGACAGAAAAUGCCAGAUCCCGCUGGGUCUGAAGGCGCAGAAGCCGGACAGAUUGAAGAGACUGGCAGCAAUGACACGAGCAACGCGGGUGCAAUCGAUGCCAACUCGGCCAACACGGGUCUUCUGAGUCCUCCGGGUUUGGAGUCCGAAGCCCCCGAGACUUCGAGCCAAGAUGCUCAGCAUGUGUCAGAAAGCGAAGACGUUGCGGACCGGGCUGCAAGCAUGCUGCAGGGUCUUCGGGACAAUGUUGACGGUGAGCGUCAAAGAAGAAGACGUGAGACAGCCGAGGAAGAGCGGCGUAAACGCAGGCUGCGGAGACGCAACGGUGCCUCUAGUACCAGCAAAGACAGCGCCGAUGGCUCGGUGGUAGCCUCUGCGUCCGAACCACUUUCCCCUCCCCAGACAGAUCCGAUUGAACCGGAUGAUGUGAGUAUCGCCAGUCCUCGAGACGGAGAUGACACAGCUCCUCGAACACCCUUGACGCCAUCUAUUGUGGUAUCGCCAACCGCCGACCAAAAGCUACAGUUACCUGGCGAUGACGAGCCCAGUGAAGGUUCUCCCUAA